CCGUGAAGUUACUCCCGCUGCCCUACGCUUCCUUGGGAAGGGGGACCCCGGCGUGGCGGGCUUCUGGCCCAGAGGAGCCUCUGCAGCUGGGGUGAGCGAACGGGCAGCCGGCCAGGCCGAGGCGCCCCUCCCGCCAAUAAGUCGGGCUGCCCCAGCAGAGCUCCCGCCCACCUCGCUGGGCAGCGGCUCGGAUUCUAGCGGAGUCGCCAGGCGGGCAAGAGCACAGCUCCUUGGGCGCAAAAGCCGGGCAGGCCGGUUGGUUGGCGGCCGCAGCUCUUCGGGGGGGGCGAGGCUGGUCGCUCCCCCCUCCGCCGGCCCAGAAGCGCUUCCCAUUGGCCCCCCGCGUGCCGGGGAGGGGGAGCGGCGGGGCUGCAAGCAGUGACCCCCUCCGCGCCGGCCCCGGAGCCCCGCCCCUUCCCCCCUCCCCGGCGGGUGUCAUCGCAGAGCGAAGAAAGUGGCCCAUUAGCGCGGCGCCUCGACGGGGGCCUUUUCUGCGCCAGCCCCCGCCUGCCAAGCUCAGAUGGGCGGCAGGCGGCAAGAGCAGGAGGAGGAGGCGGCCGCGCCAGCGCUGGGCACGGCCGGGGCUGCUUAGCCCGGCGGCUGCGGAGAGUCAGAAAGGGGCCGCCGGGUCUCCUGCCCACAGACCCCCUUCCCGGGAAGCCGGGAGCCCCGGCCGGACCCGCAGAAAGGAAGGCUCCGGGCGCCGUUCGCCGGCUGACUCCGCUCGCUCGCGGCGCCUGUGAAAUCCCGGCCGGCGCAGCCGCUUCCACCAUGCCCCGUCCGGGCCGCAACACGUACAGCGACCAGAAGCCGCCCUACUCCUACAUCUCGCUGACCGCCAUGGCCAUCCAGAGCUCGGCCGAGAAGAUGCUGCCGCUGAGCGAGAUCUACAAGUUCAUCAUGGAGCGCUUCCCCUACUACCGGGAGAACACGCAGCGCUGGCAGAACUCCCUGCGCCACAACCUCUCCUUCAACGACUGCUUCAUCAAGAUCCCGCGCAGGCCCGACCAGCCGGGCAAGGGCAGCUUCUGGGCGCUGCACCCCAGCUGCGGGGACAUGUUCGAGAACGGCAGCUUCCUGCGCCGCCGCAAGCGCUUCAAGGUGCUCAAGGCCGACCCGCUGGCGCCCUCCAAGCCGCCCCCCGAGGCCGCCCACUACCUGCAGGCCCAGGCCAAGCUCCGCCUGGGCGCCCUGGCCGCCGCCGCCGCCGCCUCUUCCGCGCCGCUCGGCCCCUACGGGCUGCCCGUCCCGCCGCCCUCCGGCUUCAAGCACCCCUUCGCCAUCGAGAACAUCAUCGCCCGCGAGUACAAGAUGCCCGGGCCGGGCGGGGGCGGCGGCGGGGGCGGCGGGGCGCUGCCUUUCUCCGCCAUGCCGCCCGGACCGGCCGCCUACCCGCUGCCCAACCAGCUGCCCCCCGCCUGGCCCCACGUCUACGGCCCCGCCGGCAUGCUGGACCCGGCCGCCCCCAUCGCGGUGGCCGGCGGGGACUACGCGGCCGCCGCCGCCGCCGCUGCUGCCGCCGCCGCCUACGGAAUGCCGCUGAAGCCGCUGUGCCACGGCGGGCAGACGCUGCCGGCCAUCCCGGUGCCCAUCAAGGCCACACCGGCCGCCACCGUCCCGGCCCUGCCCGCCCUGCUGCCCAACUCGCCGCCCUCGCUCAGCCCGCCCUCCACGCAGACGGCGCCCAGCCAAGGCAGCCCCGCCACCCCCAGCGAGACGCUCACCGGGCCGCCCUCCGUCCUGCACGCCGUGGUGGCGGUCCACUGACCCCGGCCGGCGCCGCCCUCCGCCCAGGAACCAGCGGGGAGACGAGGCGAGGCGGCCGUCCGAAGGUCCCCAAGAC